AUGCCACACCUCAACCACGAAAGAUUAAGAGAUCCAUUUUACUCUAUACAACAACAGAUACGUUUAAAUUCAACGCUUGAUUCAGUUAUCUCUGAUCAUUAUGCAUCAACGACGCCGAUUAAAACUCUUUUGUUUGACACGUUUCUCAAAUAUCCAUCUGAAUGGACAGCAACAACACUUAUGGAUAUUCAUAAUUUAAGUGGUUUACCAUGGUGGGCAACAAUUGCAUUGACGACAGUUAUAUUUCGAAUUAGUGUUGGAUGUUCAAUGUAUUAUAUACAACAACGAAUGUCAGAUAAAUUAGAAGAAAUCCAUCACAAAAUCAGAAAUGAGCUGCAACCACAGUUAAAUUCGCUUCGUUUACAUGCUACUCAUAGAAAAGUGGCUACGGCACAACAAACAAAAAACGAAAUAUUAAGAGCGACUAAAAAAUUAAGUAAAGCAAAAUAUGCUCAAGAGAAUAUCCAUCCAGGCAAAUUAAUAAUUUUAACAUUAUUUCAGUCAGUACCAUGGGUCUAUUUAACAAUGGCUAUCAGAAUGAUUUGUGCAACGGAAGAAACACAAAUGACCGUAUCCAAAGAGGGAAUACUUUGGUUUGAAAAUAUUGCUCAGGCAGAUCCGUAUGCUGUAUUGCCAAUUAUAUUUUUGGUCUUCGGUAUGGCCAAUAUUACGUUUCAAUCGAUUAAAUUGGACACAACCAAUACUUCAAAAAUGUCGAUUAUGUUUAAAAUUCAACGAACUGCUUUUCGUCUAAUAGUGAUUGGUUUCACAAUUAUUGCUUUAAAACUGCCUGCUUUAAUCCAAAAUAUUUUAUUCGAACUUCCAAGUGCCAGAAAACGACUCGGUUUAAAACCAUCAAAAUUCGGCAAUAAACCCAUAACAAAACGUUAUAUUUUAUGGAAAAACAAUUGGAAAAUUUUUACCAAAACAUUAAAAUGGAAUUUAAAGUUGUGA